AUGGUCCGGCUCCUCUUGGUUUUCUUCCCAGCUAUCUUUUUGGAGAUGUCCCUUCUCCCCAGAGGCCCCGGCAGGAAACUGUUGCUGGCCGGAGCCUCGUCUCAGCGCUCAGUGGCCAGAAUGGACGGAGAUGUCAUCAUUGGGGCCCUCUUUUCAGUCCACCAUCAGCCUCCGGCCGAGAAGGUCCCCGAGAGGAAGUGUGGGGAGAUCAGGGAGCAGUAUGGCAUCCAGAGGGUGGAGGCCAUGUUCCACACGUUGGAUAAGAUCAACGCGGACCCGGUCCUUCUGCCCAACAUCAGCCUGGGCAGUGAGAUCCGAGAUUCCUGCUGGCACUCCUCUGUGGCUCUGGAGCAGAGCAUUGAGUUCAUCAGGGACUCUCUGAUUUCCAUUCGAGACGAGAAGGACGGGCUCCACCGGUGCCUGCCUGACGGCCAGACCCUCCCCCCAGGCAGGACUAAGAAGCCCAUUGCCGGCGUGAUCGGCCCGGGCUCCAGCUCCGUAGCCAUUCAAGUGCAGAACCUGCUCCAGCUCUUCAACAUCCCCCAGAUCGCAUAUUCCGCCACAAGCAUCGACCUGAGUGACAAAACUUUGUACAAAUACUUCCUGAGGGUUGUCCCUUCUGACACUUUGCAGGCAAGGGCGAUGCUUGACAUAGUCAAGCGUUACAAUUGGACCUAUGUCUCCGCGGUCCACACGGAAGGGAAUUACGGGGAGAGUGGAAUGGAUGCUUUCAAAGAGCUGGCUGCCCAGGAAGGCCUCUGUAUCGCCCAUUCAGACAAAAUAUACAGCAAUGCUGGGGAGAAGAGCUUUGACCGACUCCUGCGCAAGCUCCGAGAGCGGCUGCCCAAGGCCAGAGUGGUGGUUUGCUUCUGCGAAGGCAUGACCGUCAGAGGCCUCCUGAGUGCCAUGCGGCGCCUGGGAGUCGUGGGCGAGUUCUCCCUCAUAGGAAGUGAUGGCUGGGCAGACAGAGAUGAAGUCAUUGAAGGUUAUGAGGUGGAAGCCAACGGGGGAAUCACGAUAAAGCUGCAGUCUCCAGAGGUCAGGUCCUUUGAUGAUUAUUUCCUGAAACUGAGGCUGGACACUAAUACACGGAAUCCCUGGUUCCCUGAGUUCUGGCAACAUCGAUUCCAGUGCCGCCUACCAGGACACAUUCUGGAAAAUCCCAACUUUAAAAGAAUCUGCACAGGCAAUGAAAGCUUAGAAGAAAACUAUGUCCAGGACAGUAAGAUGGGGUUUGUCAUCAACGCCAUCUAUGCCAUGGCACAUGGGCUACAGAACAUGCACCAUGCCCUCUGCCCUGGCCAUGUGGGCCUCUGUGAUGCCAUGAAGCCCAUCGAUGGCAGCAAACUCCUGGACUUCCUCAUCAAGUCCACGUUCAUUGGUGUGUCUGGAGAAGAGGUGUGGUUUGAUGAGAAAGGGGACGCUCCUGGAAGGUAUGAUAUCAUGAAUCUGCAGUACACUGAAGCUAAUCGCUAUGACUAUGUACAAGUUGGAAGUUGGCAUGAAGGUGUGUUGAACAUUGAUGAUUACAAAAUCCAAAUGAACAAGAGUGGAAUGGUACGGUCUGUGUGCAGUGAGCCUUGCUUAAAGGGUCAAAUUAAGGUCAUACGGAAAGGAGAAGUCAGUUGCUGCUGGAUUUGCACUGCCUGCAAAGAGAAUGAAUAUGUUCAAGAUGAAUUCACCUGCAAAGCUUGUGACUUGGGAUGGUGGCCCAAUGCAGAUCUCACAGGCUGUGAACCCAUUCCUGUCCGCUAUCUGGAGUGGAGCAACAUAGAAUCCAUCAUAGCCAUUGCCUUUUCCUUCCUGGGCAUCCUUGUUACCUUGUUUGUUACCCUUAUCUUUGUGCUGUACCGGGAUACACCAGUGGUCAAAUCCUCCAGUCGGGAGCUCUGCUACAUUAUUCUAGCUGGAAUCUUCCUCGGUUACGUGUGCCCUUUCACUCUCAUUGCCAAACCUACUACCACAUCCUGCUACCUCCAGCGCCUCCUGGUUGGCCUCUCUUCUGCCAUGUGCUACUCUGCUUUAGUGACCAAAACCAAUCGCAUUGCACGCAUCCUGGCUGGCAGCAAGAAGAAGAUCUGCACCCGCAAGCCCAGGUUUAUGAGUGCCUGGGCCCAGGUGAUCAUUGCCUCAAUUCUGAUUAGUGUGCAGCUAACUUUGGUGGUAACCCUGAUCAUCAUGGAGCCCCCCAUGCCCAUUCUGUCCUACCCAAGCAUCAAAGAAGUCUACCUUAUCUGCAAUACCAGCAAUUUGGGUGUGGUGGCCCCUUUGGGCUACAAUGGACUCCUCAUCAUGAGCUGUACCUACUAUGCCUUCAAGACCCGCAAUGUGCCCGCCAACUUCAAUGAGGCCAAAUAUAUCGCCUUCACCAUGUACACCACCUGCAUCAUUUGGCUGGCUUUUGUGCCCAUUUACUUUGGGAGCAACUACAAGAUCAUUACUACCUGCUUUGCAGUGAGCCUCAGUGUAACGGUGGCCCUGGGGUGCAUGUUCACUCCCAAGAUGUACAUCAUCAUUGCCAAGCCCGAGAGGAAUGUACGCAGUGCCUUCACCACCUCGGAUGUAGUCCGCAUGCAUGUUGGCGAUGGCAAGCUGCCCUGCCGCUCCAACACUUUCCUCAACAUUUUCCGAAGAAAGAAACCAGGGGCAGGGAAUGCCAAUUUUAAUGGCAAGUCUGUGUCAUGGUCUGAACCAGGUGGAAGACAGGUGCCCAAGGGACAGCACAUGUGGCACCGCCUCUCUGUGCACGUGAAGACCAACGAGACGGCUUGCAACCAAACAGCCGUCAUCAAACCCCUCACUAAAAGUUACCAAGGCUCCGGCAAGAGCCUGACCUUUUCCGAUACCAGCACCAAGACCCUUUACAGCGUGGAGGAGGAGGAUGCCCGGCCGAUCGGCUUCAGCCCGCCCAGCAGUCCUUCUAUGGUGGUGCACCGACGCGUGCCGACCGCGGUGGUGAGCACCCCGCCUCUGCCGCCCCACCUGACUGCAGAGGAGACCCCCCUCUUCCUGGCCGACCCGGCCGUCCCCAGGGGCCUGCCCCCUCCCCUCCAGCAGCCGCCGCCGCCGCCGCCGCCGGCGCAGAAAUCCCUCAUGGACCAGCUGCAGGGAGUGGUCAACAAUUUCAGCGCCGGAAUCCCGGAUUUCAACUCGGUGCUCGCAGUCCCCGGGGCUCCGGGGAACGGGGUGCGGCCCCUCUUCCCGCCCCCGGCGCCGCCGCAGCACCUGCAGAUGCUGCCGCUGCAGCUGAGCACCUUCGGGGAGGAGCCCGCCUCCCCGUCGGCCGAGGACGACGACGAGGACGACAGCGAGAGGUUCCGGCUCCUGCAGGAGUACCUGUACGAGCGCGAAGGGAACACGGAGGACGACGACCUGGGGGAGGAGGGGGAGGAGCUGCGGGCGGCCAGCAAACCGACCCCGGAGGACUCGCCGGCCCUGACGCCUCCGUCCCCCUUCCGCGACUCGGCGGCCUCGGGCAGCUCGGCGCCCAGCUCCCCCGUGUCCGAGUCUGUGCUCUGCACCCCUCCCAACGCGACCUACGCCUCUGUCAUCCUGAGGGACUAUAAGCAAAGCUCUUCCACCCUGUAG